UAGAAUUGAUCAGUCAUCUUUUCGGUUUGAUAGAACAACAACAACAAUAGAUGACAGAUUGAGUGCAAAUAGUAUAUUCACCAAGUCAGGACCCACAAAAUUGUUUGGGGCAGUGACGAUGGAUCCCGUGCAUGUGCAGCUCUAUGGCACAUCGUCGCUUUGCUUCGAUAAAGAUGAGUUUAUGAAGGAUGAUUUCACCGUUGAUAGGUUUGUUCGCGUUCACCAAGCAACUGGUAGCGGUGGCCUUGAGAGCCUGCGAGAUGAUUUGGGUGUAUACUUGAAAAUUUUAAGAUCAGCAAUGAUAGAACUCAUAAACAGGGAUUAUGCUGACUUUGUGAAUCUUUCAACAAAUCUCACUGGAUUGGAUAGACUGAUAGAAGCCUUGAAAGUUCCUCUAGGCCAGUUACGGGAAGAAGUUCUGAAUGUGGAAAAACUUAUUGAUGAUGCUAUUUCAUCAACAUCAAAAGACCUUGAAAAACGUCAGACAUAUAUGAAGCAAAAGGCAAUAUUGCACAGACUCACACAAAUAUCAAAUAGAUUGGAAAGACUUGAAGUUUUGUUGAAGUCAGGUGGGAAAGACUCAGAAUAUGCAAGAGUUUGUUUAAAUAAGGAUAAAGAAGGGCAGGAUGCAAGUAAUUCUGGAGAGGGAGAUCUGGUUGAUCGUUUGGCAGCUGAAAUUAAUCAUCUGAAUUUCUUGGUAUCUCAUUGCGAAGGUGCUGCGCUGUUAAGCAUUUUCAAACCAAGAGUUGCUGAAGUGUGUCAGUUUGUUGAACAUGGUCUUGAGCGUGGUCUACGUGAGGGUGUUCUCAACAAAGAUCUUCACAUUCUAAGGCGAACAUUACAGACAUAUGCUAGCUUGGGCAGUGUUAAUCAUGCUCACCAGAUUGUCAAGGAACUCAUAAGAAAAGGACUUGAGGAUGUCAUCAGUGAUGCUGCCCUUCGUUCUGAUCCAAGAGGUCUCCCAGGAAUGUAUUCUAAUUGUUUGAAAGCUGUUGGAAAUAUAUGCCAACCUCUUUUAAUGGUCACUUCUGGUAGCGGAUCUGAUGUUGUGACAGGGUACAGUUUCUUAGAGCGUGCUGCAUGGCCAGAAAUUGUGACAGCCUUAGAAACAGGAACUCCUCACAUUUUCAAUCCUGGCAACCCUGCAUAUUUCCAUCAGAGAUACCUUGAAACCAUUGAGUUCAUGGAGUCAUUUGAAAAACUUCUAGGGACCAAAGAGAAGAUUUUAGCUUUUCGUGGUAUGAUGGAAUACAAAAGUUUCAUGGAGCACUGGAAUUUACCUGUGUAUUUCCAGAUCAGGUACCAGGAGAUUGGACAGGUUGUAGAAUGUAGCUUAAAUCAGGGAGAUGGUGAUUUAUGUGCCUUACCAGUCAAUUAUGAAGGGGAAUUUAGGCUCAAUGCAACUCAAGUAGUGUGGGACAGUCUGCUUAAAUGUUACUCCUCAGAAGUAUUUCUGCCACCUCUAUUACAUCGAUUUUGGAAGCUCACAUUGCUGAUUUUAGCUCGUUAUCGUACUUGGGUUCUUACUACAACUAAUAAAAUGAAAGGCAAGAUUCAAAGCACCUCUGCAAAAAUUGUUAAAAGUCAGCCACAGGUGCCUAUAUCAGCCCAGAGUCAAGAAACCAGUGGUGGUGGAGCGAAAGCAUUGAACAAAACUCCAAACAAACCUCAGAGUCCUCGAAAUGCUGGAGUGUACCUAGUGCACGAUCUUCAAAAACUUGCACAGAUGGUUUCUACGCUGUACGAGUAUUCAAUUCAGCUCCAUGUGAAACAUCUCCAUCCUGAUAAGAUAGAUCAUAUUAAAGAUGAAUUAUGUGAACAAAGCCAGAAACUCAGAGGUCUAAUAGAUGUGGUUGGUGAAGUCAUUGUGGAAGAUUUGAUCAAAACUACUGGUGGCUCACUACAUCAGGUCGGUGACACACCUCGUUUGUAUCGUCAUACAAAUCGUGCCCCUCCUAGUACACAUCAGCCUUAUAUAGCAACAGCAGCUACUGUCCUAAGUACCUUCUCAAGUGACAGCACAGGGAAAGUGGAUAUGAAACUCCUUCUUAAGUGGUUAACAUCUGCUUCAGUUAAUCUUUCUCAGCAGUACAAAACCGUGACCUACGAUGUUCUAAGCUCAGUUCACAAGAUGGAAGAAAGUCUUAAGAGACUGAAACGUGCUCGUGACAAAGGAGCUCAAGGGGGCUCAGAUGCAGGUGGUGGACUUUCAGACGAUGACAAGAUCAGGAGACAAAUUUGUCUUGAUGUAGAAUUCUUUGGUAGUCAGCUGCAAAGUUUACAAAUAAAUGUGGAGUCAGUGGAAGCCUUUGGUAGCCUGUUGGUAAUGGUUACAAAUGCACGUGAUGGCAAGUUUGUACCUUGAAGAUCAAGAUUCAGCUGUGGUAAAGAAGGCUAAGUAAUUUUUUAGACAGAUUUUUUUUAUAGCACUUGAGUGAUAUAUCUUAUAUUUUUAAAUUAUUAUUGUUUGUUUGCUGUUAAUGAAGAUAGAAAUUAUACAGUGAUACUGC